AUGGAACAGAGAACCAAAGCCACCAACAUCAGCAUCACUCUCUUGCUUACUAUUCUUAUUUCUUCUAGCUCGGUUCACUCUCGUAAGCUAGCUGGCUUACCAUCACCUUCUCCGAUAAGUUUGGACCUGAUUGCAGGAAUGAGAAGGCCUGGCUCACUUCCUGUUGCCUGUCAUUCGAAGUGCAACCAGUGCAAGCCCUGCAUGCCGGUUGAAAUAUCAAUUCGAGCAGCGGAUUUUCAAGAACAUGAGUACUAUCCUCAAGUGUGGCAAUGCAUAUGCCAAGAGAAUAUAUACCCUCCUUAA